UUUAAAGGAGGCGGGAGUUGUGCAGGGAGCGCAGAGCCGAGGUCCUGCAGAGCCUGGGGCUGAAGAGGACGCCUCUGGAAGGAAGGGAGAAGGCUCGCGGCGGUGAAUUCAAGGGACACUCUGAGGAAAUGAUGAACGCUAUGAAGAGAGAGCUCUUGUGUGUGCUGCUGCUCUGUGGAGCUGUCUUCAGUUCCCCCAGCCAGGAAAUCCACAGGCGACUCAGGAGAGGAGCCAGAUCGCACAGAGGUGGAGUGACCUGCAGAGACGAGAAAACGCAGAUGACGUACCUGCAACAUGAGUCCUGGCUGAGGCCCCUGCUCAGGGGCAACAGGGUGGAGCACUGCUGGUGCAACGGUGGCCGGGCCCAGUGCCACUCGGUGCCCGUCAACAGUUGCAGCAAACCUCAGUGCUUCAAUAGGGGGACAUGUUGGCAGGCCCUCUAUUCCUCAGAGUUUGUCUGCCAGUGCCCUGAAGGGUUCAUCGGGAAACUCUGUGAAAUAGAUGCCAGCGCCACAUGCUACAAGGACCGGGGCAUCACCUACAGAGGCAGGUGGAGCACAGCGGAGAGCGGGGCCGAGUGCGUCAACUGGAACAGCAGCAGCCUGGCCAUGAAGCCCUACAGUGGGCGCAGGCCUGAUGCCAUCAGGCUGGGCCUCGGGAAUCACAACUACUGCAGAAACCCAGACCAAGACUCAAAGCCCUGGUGCUACAUCUUCAAGGCAGGGAAGUACAUCUCCGAGUUCUGCAGCACGCCAGCCUGCGGCAAGGAAAAAGAUGGGGACUGCUACCAGGGGAAGGGGCUGGCAUACCGCGGCACCCACAGCCUCACCGCGUCUGGGGCCUCCUGCCUCCCGUGGAGUUCCAUGAUCCUGAUGCGCAAGAUUUACACCGCCUGGAAGAGCAACGCUCAGGCCCUGGGCCUGGGCAAGCACAAUCACUGCCGGAACCCAGAUGGGGACGCCCAGCCUUGGUGCCACGUGCUGAAGGAUCGCCAGCUGACAUGGGAGUAUUGCGACGUGCCCCAGUGUGUCACCUGUGGCCUGAGACGGUACAAGCAGCCCCAGCUCCGCAUCAAAGGAGGCCUCUUCGCCGACAUCACCUCCCACCCGUGGCAGGCCGCCGUCUUCGUCAGGAACAGGAGGUCCCCAGGAGAGCGGUUUCUGUGUGGGGGGGUCCUGAUCAGCUCCUGUUGGGUGCUGUCGGCCGCCCACUGCUUCCAGGAAAGGUAUCCUCCCAACCACCUCAAGGUGGUCCUGGGCAGGACGUACCGGCUGGUCCCUGGGAAGGAGGAGCAGACGUUUGAAGUAGAAAAAUACAUCGUCCAUAAGGAAUUCGAUGAUGACACUUACAACAAUGACAUAGCACUGCUGCAGCUGAAAUCGGACUCACUGACCUGCGCCCUGGAGAGCAACGCCGUACGCACCGUCUGCCUCCCAGACGCCGGCCUGAAGCUGCCGGACUGGACAGAGUGCGAGCUGUCUGGCUACGGGAAGCACGAGGCCUCUUCUCCAUUCUUUUCCGAGCGCCUGAAGGAGGCCCAUGUCAGGCUGUAUCCAUCCAGCCGCUGCACUUCCCAGUAUUUGUUCAACAGGACUGUCACCAACAACAUGCUGUGUGCCGGAGACACACGCAGCGGUGGGGACCAAGCAAACCUACACGACGCCUGCCAGGGUGACUCGGGUGGCCCCCUCGUGUGUAUGAAGGACGACCACAUGACCUUGGUCGGCAUCAUCAGCUGGGGCCUGGGCUGUGGCCAGAAGGGCAUCCCGGGCGUGUACACCAAGGUUACUAAUUACCUGGACUGGGUUCGGGACAACACACGACCAUGACCAGGGGCACCGGUUCCCUGCAUCACGGAGACCCUGCUUCCUUCACCUCAGAGGAUGCACUGCGGCGGGGGCUUCUUCACGCAGCACAAGUGGGGGAGGAUGGAUUUCCAUAGGUACUUUCCGUUUUGGAAGUUUUCAGGGCUUCAGGUCUGAAACGUACUCUGUCGGACGGGAAGAGGGGUGAACGCCAGCCCCUCCUGGAAUCCCAGUCCCCGGGGCAGAAGCCCACCUCCUCUGUCCACGUGAGCAGCUUUGCAAACGGGACCGCAAAGGUGAAAGCGUGUCUCAGUAGGCAAAGAUAACUCGAUCCUUCAGGAAAGAAGGGUUAGAAAUAUUCUAUUAGGAAUAGAAUGUCUAUUUCUAGUCACAAGGAAGCCCAGCAGGAGCUUCCUAAUAAGGGAUGGGCUGGCUGGCCAGAUCACGUUCCUCAAAUCCAGCCUUCAAAUCAAGUGUCGGGUUUUCCCUUUCUCCGGCUAUAGCUCUUGGAAGGAAUCCUGUUGUGUAGAGUGUAAUUCUUUCUCCUUUAUAAAUCUCAUCAUAGGACAGGAGACAUGUAUCAUUUUAAUAACUGAUAAACUAGGCUCUAACAUAUUUAUAUCAGUUCAUUUUUGUUUAUACUCUUAUACCUGUAUGAUACUGUACUGGAGUAAUAAAUUCUGAUAUAUUUUUCACAUA